AUGCCCAUGAACGCUGAGGUGCUUUCUUCCAUCCGCGGUGAGGUGACCGCGAUCCAGGAGGCGGGUCUGGAAAAACGGGAACGCCUGAUCGCCUCCCCUCAGGGAGCCCUGAUCCGGGUCGGGGGACGUGAAGUCCUCAACUUCUGCGCCAACAACUACCUCGGCCUCGGGAACGAUCCGCGGGUGCUCGCCGCCGCCCGCCGGGGGCUCGAUGAGCGCGGGUUCGGGCUCAGCUCGGUCCGCUUCAUCUGCGGCACCCAGGACAUCCACCGUGAGUUGGAGCGGCGGAUUGCCGAGUUCCUGGGCACCGAGGACACCAUCCUCUACAGCUCGUGCUUUGAUGCGAACGGUGGCCUCUUCGAGACCAUUCUUGGUCCCGAUGACGCCAUCCUCAGCGACGAACUGAACCACGCCAGCAUCAUCGACGGCGUGCGCCUUUGCCGCGCCCAGCGCUUUCGCUACCGGAACCGCGACAUGGACGACCUCGCCGCCAAACUCGAUGAGUGCUCCGGCGCGCGGCGCAAACUGAUCGCGACCGACGGAGUCUUCAGCAUGGACGGAACCCUGGCGCCGCUCGAUGCGAUCUGCGAACUCGCCGACCGUCACCAAGCGCUCGUCAUGGUCGACGACUCGCACGCCACCGGCUUCAUCGGAGAGACCGGGCGCGGAACGCCGGAGCGGUUCGGGGUUUCGGAGCGGGUGGACAUCAUCACCUCCACGCUCGGCAAGGCCCUCGGCGGCGCCGCCGGAGGGUUUACUUCGGGGAGAGGCGAAAUCGUGGCGCUGCUGCGCCAGCGGAGCCGCCCCUAUCUUUUCUCGAACACCCUGGCCCCCGCCAUCGUCUCGGCUGCGAUCGAGGUCGUUUCCCUCCUUUCGACCACCGAAGAACCGCGGGAGCGGCUCCGCCGGAACACCCGGCGGUUUCGCGAAGCCAUGACGGCGGCCGGGUUCACGAUUCGGGCGGGCGAGCACCCCAUCGUCCCCGUCAUGCUCGGCGACGCCCGUCUCGCGAGCGGCAUGGCGGACGAUCUGCUCGAACGGGGGAUAUAUGUCAUCGGGUUCAGCUUUCCCGUGGUCGCGCGCGGAAAGGCCCGGAUCCGGGUGCAGUUGUCUGCCGCCCACGACGACGAGCAGGUGGACCAAGCGGUCGCCGCGUUUACGGAAUGCGGCCGCGCCCGCGGCAUCAUCUGA